UAUAUACCGGAGUACCGUAUACACGGUCAUUAUCAACGCUUUGAACGAAAUGAAAAUAAUUUCAUAGUAAAGAUGCCACGAAAGAAAGGAUGGUUCCGUGCUAAGAGAAAGGCAGAAGAGCAAAGUGUCACGGAAGUCGUUGACAGCUAUGAUCAUGAGUACUGUUCAGUUCCAAAGAAAUCCACUUCAGACUUUUAUCAUGAUUACCAUAUAAUAGAGACUGUUAACCUUGAGGAUACAUCUGAACUUUUCUCUUUACAUUGGCAUCUGGACAGGGAGUGUGAGAACGAAGAACCUGAUGUGAAACCAGUACAUGAUGACACAGAUGUUGCUGAAAUGGUUGAUGUUACAUUUGAUCAUUUUGAAAAUAUGUAUCAUGAACUUACAAAACUUGUUCAGAGUCCAUAUAUAAUUACAAAAUGCGGUGAUGUUAUCAAGAUUAUUGAGAUGUACUACAGUGCAAUGAAACUAUGUAUUAUUAUUAAGAAAAAUCUAACAAUGCAGUUAUAUGUACAUAACCGUCUAGUCUCAAAAGGUAAUACUGUGUUUGAUGGAAUCAUUGAGGGAAAUCUGGAUGUUGCCACAGUAAUGAAAUUUCUAAAGUUCUUGAAAACCUCUCAUGUCUGUGUUGGAAACCCUGAAGCAGAAUAUGUGAAUCUUUUGUCAAAUGGUUUUGAGCUAAGUGUUGCAGGAGAUGGUGUAAUUGCAUAUUUAGAGCAGGACUUUGGUGCUAAGAGUAAACUUGGGAUAUAUUACUCAAGUAUAAGGUCUCUCGAUUGUGAUUUAAUCCUUUACACAAAGGGUGAAAGAUGUAUUCAUUGUAGCAGGACACGUGCUGUUUUAAGAGAUAGGGAGUACAGACGAAAGGAGAAAGAAUCAAGACCCCAAAAAACGUAUUUAAAGUCUAAAACUAAUCAUUCUCAGAUGGACAGAAAUCAAUUGUUGUCGAAACUCGAGGAACAAAAAAUCGUAAUUAAAGAUUUACAAAAGGAAAAUGCCAGACUUGUAAGAAAAGUGGAGAAAUAUAAGCAAGAAGAAGAGCGGGUUAAAAAGGAUAAAGAACAUUCAUUAGAACUUUCUGAAUUGAUGUCAUCUUGUGAAAGUGAUGUAAUGAAAGCAUUCCCGGAUUCUAUUUCUUUACAAAGACAGUUUUGGGAGCAACUAAUGAAGGAGGCAAAGAAUGGGAAAUGUGAUAUGAGAUGGCAUCCUCUAAUUGUCCGAUGGUGUUUAUAUUUACGACAUAGGAAUAAUUGCGACAAAGUGGAUUUUUAAAACUCCCCAGUUUCUGUACCCUUUUUGACAAUAGACCAUAAUAAUGUGUCAUUACUCUCGCGUAAAAAAGAACAAAAAAGGACUAGAAAUACAUUAAAAAAUUUACUUGACAAAUAAAAAAAAGUAUUUUUUAUCAACGUUGAUUCGUUGAAUCGUCCUUAAAGGUACAAUAUAUAAUAUAACGCAAAACAAUAAAUAAAAUAUUACUUG